GACAGACAGAGUGAGAGAGAGAGCGUAACCUGUAUAUUUUGUAUUCCUCAGUCAGCGGCUCUAUCAGGAAGAGAAUAGCCUACACCUCAGCUUCUGAGUUGGGAAUCCGGAUGGACAAGGCAAAAAAAUUCAAAUGGAAGUUCUUCCUUCUCUUCAUUGCUGCCCUCAUCUUCAUCCUGUGUAUCACUGUGAGGACACCCAGGAUGUACAGGGCCAUCCCGAAGCCACAGGGGCCUCCGAAAACUUGCCCCUUGCAGAUCUCUGAGCGGACCAUCACCCCCCUCAACAAUACUAAGCACUUACUGGUGUCAGCCUACAUGGACCAGAGAGAGAAAGGCUUGGAUAUACGCAUCAUUGGCAUAUUUAAGAGAGACUCCAUCCAACCCCUUUACUGUCUUUUCUGCUGCGCAGGCCACUUAUCAAGUAAAACAACUCCAACAACAAUUUUACAGCACUCAGACAACUUUGGUUUUCCCUUCGUCACUACAGAUGUCAUGUGUCAGAUUCCUCCAAACUGCAUCGCAACCCAUGUCGGUCUCCUGACUCAGCCAGACAGUGUGAAGGUAUUCAACCAGACUUGGCUACCUAUUAGAAACCAGAAGACCAAUGAGAAGGAGGAGAACAAGUUGCAGUUUAACUUCACUGUCUGCAUCUCCAACCUGUUUGGAGACUACAACAAUGUGCUUCAGUUUGCACAGACCCUGGAGAUGUACAGGUUGCUGGGUGUGGACAGAGUGGUGAUCUAUAACACCAGCUGCGGCCCAGACCUCGACCGCCUGCUGCAGAGCUACAGCCAGGAGGGCUUCGUGGAGAUGGUUCCUUGGCCCAUCGACCACCAUCUGAAUCCAUCUCGAGGCUGGCUCUUCUCACAGAGCGGAGGUGACGUGCACUACUUUGGCCAGCUGACCACGCUUAAUGAAUGCAUUUACAGAUCCAUGGACCGCUCACGCUACGUCCUGUUGAACGACAUCGAUGAGAUUAUAAUGCCAUACCAACACAACAACCUGAUGUCUCUGAUGGGCAUGCUCCAACAGCAGCAUCCAAAUUCGGGGGUUUUUCUCAUUGAGAACCAUAUAUAUCCCAAGAAACCCUUUGGGGGAAAUGAAACGGGUCCCCUGCAUCAAUGGAAAGGAGUGCCAGGUUUUAAUAUUCUGGAGCACAUCUACAGGGAGGAGCCCAACAGGAAAAUAUACCACCCCCACAAGCUGAUAGCUCAGCCAAGGAUGGUGCAGCAGACCUCAAUACAUGAAGUGCUCAAGAAAUUUGGAGAAUAUUUUAAGGUCCCACCAGAUGUCUGCCGGAUCAUUCACGCCCCAAUAAGUAUGCCACGGCCACCGGAGCAGCUCCACCUGGAUACCCGACUGUGGGACUUUACAGACAAACUGCUCCCCAGGGUGACCACGGUGCUGAGGAGGGCGGAGCUGCUGGGGUCACAGGGGCAGGAAUAGGAGGUUGGUAGGUAACGUAUGAGGACGUCAUGUAGUGCUCAACGAUUAAUCGUUUUCAAAUCGAAAUCGCGAUUUGAAAGAAUGGGAUUAGCUAAUCAUGAAGACUG